ACCUUUUUGCAAAGGACACAAGCGGACUGUCCAAGCGCUUCAAGGUGCAGUAAGGCAAUCAAAUUCUGCAUGAUGUUUUGUUAAAGUGACUGAUUCUAUCUUUAAUAUUUUAGUUAGGGGUGGCAUAUACAGUACUGUGUGAAAGACUUGGAUUUGUUGUGCUUUGAACAUUUGCAAUCAUCUCUAUUUUUAAAUGCCAUUGAAACAUGCUGUAAAAAAUAAAAAAAAGUAUAGUAAUGCUUAAAUUAAAAUCGUAUUGAAACACAAGUUAACUUAUUUGUCAACAAUUUGUUCAGCAAUAUUGUUGAAAGGUGUUUUUUUAGGUGCCUGGGUAUCUAACACGGUUGUGUCAAACCCAGCAAAAAAUAUGAUAAACAGUAAAGCUGGACGAAUACCAUCAUAUGGUUGCUUAUUACUUUUUUUCCUCUUGAAAAACAUAAAGAAUUGCCCCCAGAAAAAAAAGGGUCAUUCAACAAUGUUGCUGCCCCAUGUGCAUGAAUGUCUUCAGAUGGUGAUGCUGGAUGUGUUGAUAAUUGGGGGCGGGCCUCACGCCUUGACCCUGGCCAGCAUGCUAUCACCCUCGUACCCCGAACACAACUCCAAUCCAGGACGAGAGUCACACCUGCCCCCAUCCCACACUGAAACACCAAGACUUGAGCUCGACCACAAAACCAUUACCGGGCAAACCAAUGACAACACAAAGAGGGAGGUAACAAAUGCAGAAGGCGUCAUCUGGCCGUCAGUCAUCACCCUCCAAGUGGUUGACACUUAUGGAGAGUGGACUUCUUUGUGGAAGAGUCAAUUCACAGCCCUGAACAUCCCUCAUCUGCGCUCGCAUACACUCGUGCACACGGACCCUGUCGACAAGAAAGCACUGCAGGAGUUUGUGAUGAGGCACAAUCGUUCCACUGAGCUGCAUAGUCUCCCCGACCGAGUGCGUAUUCUGGAUGACAACGCUUUCUUCAAUGACACGCGGCUCGGAAGCAAAGAGCGAAAACGUCUGAAUGUCUCCUCCAACCUGAAGAACACUUUGUCCUUCAGUCUGCCAGGAACUCAACUGAGUGUGGAUUUCUUUAAAGCUCAGGUGGAGAAAUAUAACUUGGACAAGGUGCUUGUGAAGGGAACUGUUACCCGCAUCUCCGCGGUGACUGAAGAUGACCAAAUGUGCCAAGAGGACAACACAAUAAAUGGAAAUGCUUUAAGACAAGGAGGUGGGAAGAAGAAAAGAGUGAAACAUUUCCAAGUCCAUCUUGAAGAUGGCGUCGUGGUCAAAGCUCAACAGUUGGUAAUGGCAACAGGGCCCACCCGUGCCCAGAUGGCAAACAUCCCGCAGUGGGUAACUCAGAUCGAGGAGAGCUAUCCAGACGAGCGCCUGCAACACACUGUGCACCUCAUGCACUCGCUAUCAAGGACCCAGCAAAACCUCAAAGACACUUGUGAUUUCACACAAGGCUCAUGUGCGGUGUGUGAGGCAGGCCAGAGAGUAAUGGUAGUUGGAGGAGGUCUGACCAGCGCUCAUGUCGUCUCCAUCGCACUGCAGCAAGGGGCCAGUCAUGUGACAUGGGUCAUGAGAAAGCACCUCCAGAUAAAACAGUUUGAUGUGGGCGAUGUGGAAAGCCUGGUGGGUCGUUACUCCCAUGUGGAGCAUGGCAUCAAGAUGGAUGGCCAAGCCUUCCUCAGACAGUUCUUUAAUGAAAGGAGUCUUCACAAGCGACUGGCUAUGAUUCGUCAGGCAAGGAAAGGAGGUGCUGUCACCCCAGAGGCCUACAUCCAAUUGCAGCCAUUUAUUUUGAAAGGACAGGUGGCUGUGAAGACGUAUUGUCAGGUGAGUGAAGCCAGCUGGUGCUACAAGGGUCAAACCUGGAGGCUGACCCUUAGCAAUGGAGACCACUGGAUAGGAGACAUGAUUUGGUUGGCCACUGGGUGUAAACUUGAUGUCAAACAGGACCCUUUGCUCUCUGACGUGAUGAAGGAAUUCCCGAUAAAGGUGCUGGAUGGCUGGCCAUGCAUAUCAGAGACUUUACAGUGGGCAGAGGGGUGCCCUCUUUACUUGAUGGGGCAGUACACCGCUCUUCAGGUUGGACCUCAUGCAGUAAACCUGGCAGGUGGACAGGCAGCCAGCAUGAGAAUUGCCAAGCACAUCCUGCGCCAUCACAGCAACAUGGAAGUGACUGAGCUGAGAGCAGGAAGAUCUAAAACUGAAGAAUAUAUUCAGCAAAUGCAAGGACUUUUAUGGCUCUAACUACAUUAUGCAUGCAAACGUGAGCAUGUUCAUCAAGUGUGGAUUUUUUUUCCUUUUUUAAAUUCCAGUUUUAUUUUGACCUAUGGUUAAGAAUAUUCUCAAUAAU